AUGUUUUCGGACGCGAAUGUUGGUAAUUAUUAUUACGGACAAGGUCACGUUAUGAAGCCACAUCGGAUUCGGAUGACACAUCAUUUGUUGCUGAAUUAUGGAAUAUAUCGAAAUCUUGAAGUUUAUAGACCAUUCCCAGCAUCGUUCGAUGAGAUGACACGUUUCCAUAGCCAUGAAUAUAUGAUGUUUCUGCGAACAGCGAAUCCGGAUAACUUGAAGCAGUUCAAUAAGCAGAUGUUGAAAUUUAACGUUGGAGAGGAUUGCCCUGUAUUCGAUGGACUGUUUGAGUUUUGCCAGCUUUCAAGUGGAGGAUCAUUGGCAGCAGCUGUGAAACUGAAUAAACGUAAAGCGGAUAUAGCAAUAAACUGGAUGGGUGGAUUACAUCAUGCGAAAAAGAGCGAAGCGAGUGGCUUUUGCUAUACGAACGAUAUUGUACUGGGCAUUUUGGAGUUGCUGAAGUAUCAUAAAAGGGUUUUAUAUGUGGAUAUUGAUGUGCAUCACGGUGAUGGAGUCGAGGAAGCGUUUUAUACGACCGAUCGAGUGAUGACAGUAUCGUUCCACAAAUACGGCGAUUUCUUUCCGGGAACGGGUGAGCUGAAGGAUAUCGGUGCGGGCCGAGGCAAGUAUUACGCAGUGAACGUACCGCUCAGAGACGGGAUCACUGACGAUUCGUAUCAGAGUAUCUUCGUGCCGGUAAUGACGAAAGUAAUGGAAACGUUCCAACCGUCAGCCGUUGUUCUGCAGUGUGGUGCGGAUUCGCUGAAUGGUGAUCGAUUGGGCACAUUCAAUUUGACUCUGAAAGGUCACGGCGCAUGUGCACGGUUUUUCCGAGAACGUCACAUACCGUUGAUGAUGCUGGGCGGUGGUGGGUAUACACCAAGAAAUGUGGCACGAUGUUGGACGUACGAAACGUCGAUUGCUGUUAAUAUGGAAAUUUCCGAUGAUUUGCCGUACAACGACUACUUUGAAUAUUUUGGCCCACACUAUCGACUUCAUAUUGAGCCGUCAAAUGCAAAUAAUGAAAAUACACCUGAAUUCCUGCAUAAAAUUCAAGAGGGCGUAAUCGAGAAUCUCCGACACGUGGCUCAUGCGCCGAGCGUUCAGAUGCAACCGAUUCCAGAAGAUGCCAUCAAGUGCAUUAAUAACGAAGAGAUUGCACGGGAUCUGGCCAAUCCGGAUGUUCGUCUACACAGUAAGGAAUUUGAAUGCGAUUUACGACCAUUUAUUGAUGGAUCAGAUGUCAUAAAAAUUCUGAUUUCACCCUUCAGUAGUCUUGCUAUGCACUGUUAUUGA